CCAUUUUCCGUAAUUGACAGGUUUCCAAUUUCGGAAAGUAUCUUCAGUCUUCAGUUUGCAUCUUCUUGGCAACACACAGAACAGAAUCCUUCAGUUUGCAUCUUCUCGGCAACACACAGAACAGAAUCAUGUCAAAGGCAGAGAGCAGUUUCAAGGAGCCAAGAUGGUCUCUUCAUGGAAUGACUGCUCUUGUCACUGGUGGCACUCGGGGAAUUGGAAAUGCAACGGUGGAGGAGCUUGCUGGGCUUGGAGCUAGAGUGCACACAUGUUCAAGAAAUGAAGCAGAGCUUAAUAAGUGUUUGAAAGAAUGGGAAGCCAAGGGUUUUGUGGUCACUGGGUCAGUUUGUGAUGCGACAUCUCGAGCCCAGAGAGAGAAGCUAAUUGAGCAAGUGGGUUCUGUUUUUAAUGGCAGUCUCAACAUUCUUGUAAAUAAUGUUGGCACAAAUAUCAGGAAGCCAACUAUGGAGUACUCUGCUGAAGAAUUUUCAAAACUCAUGGCAACUAAUUUUGAAUCUGCAUACCAUAUGUGCCAACUUGCACAUCCUCUUCUAAAAGCAUCAGGAGCUGGAAGCAUUGUAUUCAAUUCCUCUGUUGCAGGUCUUGUGCACAUAGGUAAUGGAUCAAUUUAUGGUCCAAGUAAAGGUGCAAUCAAUCAACUUACAAAAAAUUUGGCUUGUGAGUGGGCAAAAGACAAUAUCAGGACAAAUUCUGUUGCACCCUGGUAUAUCAGAACCUCGCAUGUGGAAAAUUUGCUUGCUAACAAAGAUUUCUCGGAUAAAAUAGUCGCUCGAACGCCUCUUCAACGCGUUGGAGAACCAAAAGAAGUAUCAUCCCUGGUUGCAUUCCUCUGCUUACCUGCUGCUUCAUACAUUACUGGACAGAUUAUUUCUGUUGAUGGAGGAUUCACUGUGAAUGCAUUUGAUCCUGGCAUGAGACUGGAUUGAGAAAUCUGCCCUUUUUCUUUUCUCCCCUUCAUUGAAAAUGCACAUUUGUCCAUCGUCUUGAAUUGUCUGAUUCUACGACAUAUUCUCUAUUUUGGGAUUGUUAUCUUUAUGUUUGGUUUUGAGGACAUUGUUUCUGUUUGAAUCUCUUAGUCUUCCAUUGGUACCCAAAGUGAAACAUCAUCUCUGAAAAUAAUAG